AUGGACAUCCUCUCCAAUUCUACUUCUUCAACAAGUCCACACACGUAUUUGAGUAUCUACCACGAACUGUCAAAAUACAAUGGCCAGCUGAAUAUUCUCGAGCGCCUGUGGGCUUCAUGGUACACCUACAUGCAAAAUGAUGUCCUUGCCACAGGAAUUAUGAGCUUUGUCAUGCAUGAAGUCGUAUACUUCGGUCGGAGCCUGCCAUGGAUCUUAAUCGAUCAGAUUCCAUACUUCAACAAGUACAAGAUUCAGAAUCAAAAGCUUCCCACAGCCAAGGAACAAUGGGCAUGCACUAAACUCGUUCUUAUUAGUCACUUUACUGUUGAACUUCCGCAGAUUUGGCUUUUCCAUCCAUUUGCGAAGGCCUGCGGAAUGGACACUGGUGUGCCAUUUCCUUCCUGGCAAACAAUGUGUUUCCACAUCGCAGUCUUCUUUAUUCUUGAAGAUACGUGGCACUAUUGGAUGCAUCGUGCCUUCCAUUGGGGGCCGUUCUACAAACAUGUGCACAAAAUACAUCAUCAAUACUCGGCACCAUUUGGACUGGCAGCAGAGUACGCUUCCCCAAUUGAAACUAUGGUACUUGGAGCUGGAACUGUCUUGAUGCCUAUACUUUGGUGCCUAUUAACCGGUCAGCUACAUAUAUUCACCAUGUAUCUCUGGAUUACCUGCCGUCUAUUCCAGGCUAUUGAUGCCCACUCGGGUUACGAAUUUCCAUGGAGCCUACACCACUUCCUACCUUUUUGGGCCGGCGCUGAACAUCAUGAUGUACAUCAUGAGCGUUUUAUUGGGAAUUAUGCUAGUAGUUUUCGGUGGUGGGACUACUUGAUGGACACUGAAUCCGGACCCGAAGCAGCAAAGAAAAGACGAGAGCGCAAGAUAGCUAAAUUGGCGAAGGCCCAGUAA